AUGUCUCGAGCGUCGCUCUCUCUGAACUGGCUACGCUCUUUCUCCCGAUUCCCCACUCUCCCCUCCUCCAUCCCUGGACCCUGUGACUUGGGAAUGUCUCGAGCGUCGCUCUCUCUGAACUGGCUACGCUCUUUCUCCCCAUUCCCCACUCUCCCCUCCUCCAUCCCUGGACCCUGUGACUUGGGAAUGUCUCGAGCGUCGCUCUCUCUGAACUGGCUACGCUCUUUCUCCCCAUUCCCCACUCUCCCCUCCUCCAUCCCUGGACCCUGUGACUUGGGAAUGUCUCGAGCGUCGCUCUCUCUGAACUGGCUACGCUCUUUCUCCCGAUUCCCCACUCUCCCCUCCUCCAUCCCUGGACCCUGUGACUUGGGAAUGUCUCGAGCGUCGCUCUCUCUGAACUGGCUACGCUCUUUCUCCCCAUUCCCCACUCUCCCCUCCUCCAUCCCUGGACCCUGUGACUUGGGAAUGUCUCGAGCGUCGCUCUCUCUGAACUGGCUACGCUCUUUCUCCCGAUUCCCCACUCUCCCCUCCUCCAUCCCUGGACCCUGUGACUUGGGAAUGUCUCGAGCGUCGCUCUCUCUGAACUGGCUACGCUCUUUCUCCCCAUUCCCCACUCUCCCCUCCUCCAUCCCUGGACCCUGUGACUUGGGAAUGUCUCGAGCGUCGCUCUCUCUGAACUGGCUACGCUCUUUCUCCCGAUUCCCCACUCUCCCCUCCUCCAUCCCUGGACCCUGUGACUUGGGAAUGUCUCGAGCGUCGCUCUCUCUGAACUGGCUACGCUCUUUCUCCCGAUUCCCCACUCUCCCCUCCUCCAUCCCUGGACCCUGUGACUUGGGAAUGUCUCGAGCGUCGCUCUCUCUGAACUGGCUACGCUCUUUCUCCCGAUUCCCCACUCUCCCCUCCUCCAUCCCUGGACCCUGUGACUUGGGAAUGUCUCGAGCGUCGCUCUCUCUGAACUGGCUACGCUCUUUCUCCCGAUUCCCCACUCUCCCCUCCUCCAUCCCUGGACCCUGUGACUUGGGAAUGUCUCGAGCGUCGCUCUCUCUGAACUGGCUACGCUCUUUCUCCCGAUUCCCCACUCUCCCCUCCUCCAUCCCUGGACCCUGUGACUUGGGAAUGUCUCGAGCGUCGCUCUCUCUGAACUGGCUACGCUCUUUCUCCCCAUUCCCCACUCUCCCCUCCUCCAUCCCUGGACCCUGUGACUUGGGAAUGUCUCGAGCGUCGCUCUCUCUGAACUGGCUACGCUCUUUCUCCCCAUUCCCCACUCUCCCCUCCUCCAUCCCUGGACCCUGUGACUUGGGAAUGUCUCGAGCGUCGCUCUCUCUGAACUGGCUACGCUCUUUCUCCCGAUUCCCCACUCUCCCCUCCUCCAUCCCUGGACCCUGUGACUUGGGAAUGUCUCGAGCGUCGCUCUCUCUGAACUGGCUACGCUCUUUCUCCCCAUUCCCCACUCUCCCCUCCUCCAUCCCUGGACCCUGUGACUUGGGAAUGUCUCGAGCGUCGCUCUCUCUGAACUGGCUACGCUCUUUCUCCCGAUUCCCCACUCUCCCCUCCUCCAUCCCUGGACCCUGUGACUUGGGAAUGUCUCGAGCGUCGCUCUCUCUGAACUGGCUACGCUCUUUCUCCCCAUUCCCCACUCUCCCCUCCUCCAUCCCUGGACCCUGUGACUUGGGAAUGUCUCGAGCGUCGCUCUCUCUGAACUGGCUACGCUCUUUCUCCCGAUUCCCCACUCUCCCCUCCUCCAUCCUUGGACCCUGUGACUUGGGAAUGUCUCGAGUGCCAUCACCAGCCACUGCGUGCUUGUUGUCAGCGUCGCUCUCUCUGAACUGGCUACGCUCUUUCUCCCGAUUCCCCACUCUCCCCUCCUCCAUCCCUGGACCCUGUGACUUGGGAAUGUCUCGAGCGUCGCUCUCUCUGAACUGGCUACGCUCUUUCUCCCGAUUCCCCACUCUCCCCUCCUCCAUCCUUGGACCCUGUGACUUGGGAAUGUCUCGAGUGCCAUCACCAGCCACUGCGUGCUUGUUGUCAGCGUCGCUCUCUCUGAACUGGCUACGCUCUUUCUCCCGAUUCCCCACUCUCCCCUCCUCCAUCCCUGGACCCUGUGACUUGGGAAUGUCUCGAGCGUCGCUCUCUCUGAACUGGCUACGCUCUUUCUCCCGAUUCCCCACUCUCCCCUCCUCCAUCCCUGGACCCUGUGACUUGGGAAUGUCUCGAGCGUCGCUCUCUCUGAACUGGCUACGCUCUUUCUCCCCAUUCCCCACUCUCCCCUCCUCCAUCCCUGGACCCUGUGACUUGGGAAUGUCUCGAGCGUCGCUCUCUCUGAACUGGCUACGCUCUUUCUCCCGAUUCCCCACUCUCCCCUCCUCCAUCCCUGGACCCUGUGACUUGGGAAUGUCUCGAGCGUCGCUCUCUCUGAACUGGCUACGCUCUUUCUCCCCAUUCCCCACUCUCCCCUCCUCCAUCCCUGGACCCUGUGACUUGGGAAUGUCUCGAGCGUCGCUCUCUCUGAACUGGCUACGCUCUUUCUCCCGAUUCCCCACUCUCCCCUCCUCCAUCCCUGGACCCUGUGACUUGGGAAUGUCUCGAGCGUCGCUCUCUCUGAACUGGCUACGCUCUUUCUCCCGAUUCCCCACUCUCCCCUCCUCCAUCCCUGGACCCUGUGACUUGGGAAUGUCUCGAGCGUCGCUCUCUCUGAACUGGCUACGCUCUUUCUCCCGAUUCCCCACUCUCCCCUCCUCCAUCCCUGGACCCUGUGACUUGGGAAUGUCUCGAGCGUCGCUCUCUCUGAACUGGCUACGCUCUUUCUCCCGAUUCCCCACUCUCCCCUCCUCCAUCCCUGGACCCUGUGACUUGGGAAUGUCUCGAGCGUCGCUCUCUCUGAACUGGCUACGCUCUUUCUCCCCAUUCCCCACUCUCCCCUCCUCCAUCCCUGGACCCUGUGACUUGGGAAUGUCUCGAGCGUCGCUCUCUCUGAACUGGCUACGCUCUUUCUCCCGAUUCCCCACUCUCCCCUCCUCCAUCCCUGGACCCUGUGACUUGGGAAUGUCUCGAGCGUCGCUCUCUCUGAACUGGCUACGCUCUUUCUCCCCAUUCCCCACUCUCCCCUCCUCCAUCCCUGGACCCUGUGACUUGGGAAUGUCUCGAGCGUCGCUCUCUCUGAACUGGCUACGCUCUUUCUCCCGAUUCCCCACUCUCCCCUCCUCCAUCCCUGGACCCUGUGACUUGGGAAUGUCUCGAGCGUCGCUCUCUCUGAACUGGCUACGCUCUUUCUCCCGAUUCCCCACUCUCCCCUCCUCCAUCCCUGGACCCUGUGACUUGGGAAUGUCUCGAGUGUCGCUCUCUCUGAACUGGCUACGCUCUUUCUCCCGAUUCCCCACUCUCCCCUCCUCCAUCCCUGGACCCUGUGACUUGGGAAUGUCUCGAGCGUCGCUCUCUCUGAACUGGCUACGCUCUUUCUCCCCAUUCCCCACUCUCCCCUCCUCCAUCCCUGGACCCUGUGACUUGGGAAUGUCUCGAGCGUCGCUCUCUCUGAACUGGCUACGCUCUUUCUCCCGAUUCCCCACUCUCCCCUCCUCCACCCCUGGACCCUGUGACUUGGGAAUGUCUCGAGCGUCGCUCUCUCUGAACUGGCUACGCUCUUUCUCCCGAUUCCCCACUCUCCCCUCCUCCAUCCCUGGACCCUGUGACUUGGGAAUGUCUCGAGCGUCGCUCUCUCUGAACUGGCUACGCUCUUUCUCCCGAUUCCCCACUCUCCCCUCCUCCAUCCCUGGACCCUGUGACUUGGGAAUGUCUCGAGCGUCGCUCUCUCUGAACUGGCUACGCUCUUUCUCCCGAUUCCCCACUCUCCCCUCCUCCAUCCCUGGACCCUGUGACUUGGGAAUGUCUCGAGGUGAGAGUGCCAUCACCAGCCACUGCGUGCUUGUUGUGAUCAGCGUCGCUCUCUCUGAACUGACUACGCUCUUUCUCCCGAUUCCCCACUCUCCCCUCCUCCACCCCUGGACCCUCUACCUUCUGCGCACAUUCCCUGUUGCUCUCCCUCUCUCUCAACUUGCUACGCUCUUUCUCCUAAUCCCCCAUUCCGCCCACCACCGCCCCCAUCAGGACGCCCUGCGCCAGGGCUACCUGCUGCGCCUGCUGCGCACAUUCCCCAAUGCAGUCCCUCCCUCUGAACUUGCGACGAUCUUUCUCCUAAUCCCCCAAUCCGCCCAUACCCUCCCCUCCCCUGGCCCCAGGACGCCCUGCGCGCCUGCUGCGGGCUACCUGCUGCGCCUGCUGCGCACAUUCCCGAAGGAGAGGUGGCUGCGCAUGUGGCAGAACCUGCAGCGCGUGAAGCACCACUUUGAGUUCCAGUACCCAUCGCAACCUGGUGACGCGGUCAGCAUGGUGUGGAGGGAAAUCCGCAAGAAGCUUCCUCACGUGCGGCUGGCAAUCCACAGGGGGAAGCGGCUAGUGGUGCGUGAUUGGACCAAUGUGUGA